GUUUGUCUCAAGAUCAAAGUUCACUUCACUCUGUGCUGAAAAAGACUGUAGGCUGUUGCACCACUGAAGGAUUGUGAGAUUAAGAAUUUAGACUUUUCCUUCUUGUCUUCUGUUGAAAUUACAUGCAAAUACUUUUCUUCUAUUGUUUUAACCCUGCUCAACACACAGCAGUUUUUGGCUUCACACGUAAGUGAACUUUGAAACACCCUCAGUCCCCUCCCACCAAACCCCCACAGCUCAAAUACACACUGUAAUGUUCUGUGCAUUCUCUGUCUUGAGCUCAGAUGUAUCUGUUUGGCAUCAUAUACAAUGUUACCUAGUAGGACAGUGUGUGUGAUUGACAGUGUGUAGUGUUUGUGUCUGUUGUGUAGGUAUGUCAGCGACAGAGAGUCUUUGUCUAUUUGGUGUCAGUGUUGUCUCACAGUACCAGUCUGUUGUUUUCUUUAGAGUUAUUAUUCAGUUCUCUAGCUGUAUUUUUAGAAACACCCUCCUGAAUAGGUCCCAGAUGUAAUUGUAUUCCAGGUUUUGUGAUUGGUAUGUCCCCCUGUCUGUCUGUCAUGUCCUUGGACAGGACCGUGAGGAUGCGGCAGCUGCGAGUUGCGGUGGUGGGCGCGGGAGCUGCAGGUCUGUGUGCCGCACGUCACAUCCUGUCCCGCCCAGACACCUUCGCCCCACCCGUCAUCUACGAGCUCACGGAACAGGUGGGCGGCACCUGGUUCUACGAGGAACGCACCGGUAGCUAUGACAACGGGCUGCCCAUUCACAGCAGCAUGUACAGAGACCUCAGGUACAGUAACACUCUAACCUCACCCUCUCUCUAUAUAUAUAUUUCUCUCUUUAUCUCUCUCUCUCUCUCUGAAAUGACCCAAGUCUUAUUUUGUGUGUCUCAUGUUUUACCCUCCCUUACCUCUAUGCAGGACCAACCUGCCCAAGGAGGUGAUGAUGUUCCCUGACUUCCCCUUUGACCCCCAACUGCCCUCCUUCCUGCCACACCAGGAAGUGCAGAGGUAUCUGGAGAGAUACUGCCAGAGCCACUGCAUCACACCACACAUUAGAGUAGGUACCAUCCACUCACAAACAAUGCCUCAUGGUUCUUUGUCAGGAGUAGAGAAGGAAGGUCCACACUCAUCGAUUUCAGGUGAAAAAAAGGAAAAUGUUUAUUCCAUUUCACAGGACAAGAGUCUAAAGCCUCUCACCCCAUCUCUCCCCCACUCUUUGUUAGUUCAGCACUGUAGUGAAGGAGGUGAGCCCUGUCACCAUGGUGACAGAGGGGAAAGGACCAAUGACGACGUGGGAGGUGACGUCAAAUGACAAGUCUGGAUCACGGAUCACUGAAACUUUUGAUUCCGUGUUCAUCUGCAGCGGGUAAGAGAUGUGCAUGGGCUUUAGAUAUUCACACCGUCUUUUACACCCUAACACUUAACUCUUGACCCCUGUCUCCUUCUUCCCCUGUAGGCACUACUCUGACCCUCACAUCCCACCCAUCCCUGGGCUAGAGCGAUUUAAAGGUGCACACCACAGUCAUCAAUCCCUAUCCUUCUAUCCCGCUCUUUCUCUACCUAUAUCUCAUGCCCAGGUUUUUCCUGACGAUGCAACCUGAUCUGGAAAACCUCUCGGCCAGGUUAGGUGGUCAGGAAAAACCCAUGGCCUUUAUCUCAUCCCAUCCACCUGUCUCUCUCUCUCCAGGCAAAGUGAUCCACAGUCACUCAUACCGCCACCCAGAGCCCUUCUCAGGUCAGUCAGUGGUGGUGCUGGGUGCUGGGGCCUCAGGACUGGACAUCUCACUAGAACUGGGUCGAUCCAACGCCCAGGUGACUCUGAGCCACGGUAAGCCCACCCUGCCCUUCCCUCUGCCCUAUGGGGUCCACCAGGCCACCCCUGUGGAGGAGAUCCAGGAGGAUGGGUCUCUGCGGUUCCAGGAUGGGUCCAUUACCCAGGCCCAGGUCCUGCUGCUCUGCACUGGCUACAACUUCAGCUACCCCUUCCUGGAUCCAGCCCGGUUGGGCCUGGAGGUCCAGGAGCACCUGGUAACCCCGCUCUACAGGUUCCUGGUGCCCCCAGCAUUCCCCUCACUCUUCAUCAUAGGCAUCUGCAAAAUCAUCUGCCCCUUCCCCCACUUCCACUGCCAGGUGAGGUUGAUGAUAUUGUUGAUGAUCUUAUUUUUUGUGAAACAAAAUGUCUGGCUACUCCACCCCUCCCUCACCAUCUCUUGCUCAUUCUCUCUCUCUUAUUGCUUUUUUGCUCUUUCCCCUGUUUCCCUUUCUCUCUCUCUCUCUAUCUAUCUAUCUAUCCAUCUAUCUAUCUAUCUAUCUAUCUCUCUCUCACUCACUCUUCCCCUCUUUCUCUCAGGUCCAGUUUGCCCUGGCAGUGCUGGAGGGCUCUGUGGCUCUGCCAUCACGGGCUGAGAUGGAAGAGGAGGCCCAGGGAGAGAUGGUAAGGAAAGCGGAGAGGGGGGUGCAGCUCAGACACAUGCUGAAGAUGGACAAGGACCAGUGGGAUUAUGCCCAGACCUUAGCUCAGACUGGGAGGUUCCCCCCUCUACCCCCAGUCACACAGAGCCUGUAUGAGGAGGUAUGGAGGCAGAGACAGGUUCACCCACAGAACUACCGGCAGCUGAACUAUCGACUCGUCAGUGACACACAGUGGGAGCAACAGGCUGGUGAAUGAGGAGGAGAGGAAAGUAGAGGUUGGGAAUAGGAUAGGAGGAGAGGAAAUGACUGAGCAGCCUUGGAUAAAUGGACAGAAUGAUAUAGGCCUUUUCCUGAAAUGUUACUUUGACAUGAUUUAUUGUAAUGUACGGAAUCAUGUAAAUCAUAUAUACAAUUUCACCCACAAUCCUUUAGAUAAUGUUAGUAGCCUAGCUUAUAACAAAUGCACCUCACCAGCUUUGUUAUCUUUCACUUAUUGUAAACAGAAAACAUGUAAUAUCUCUUUGUCAGAUUUCUCAAUAUUGAAUCCUUUUUAGGAUAUUUUAUAUCAAUACACUCCUUAAUGAACUUUACAAAAUGUAUUUCCAAUGCCAAAACUGCCAAGCUCCAAGGAAAUAAAAAAUGCCAAGGAAAUAUUAGAAAACCAAUUUGUCCACUUUUUAUUAAAUAUGACUAUUUUAGUUU